GGGUGGCCGCGGCUGCGGCAGCCUCGGCGGCCAGCCUCGGCGGCCAGCCUCGGCGGCAGCGCCCCGCCGUCUGCAGUCAUGAGCUUGCUGUGCUCGUGCGCCGGCAGGCGCCGGGACAAGCGGACGCCGCCGCCCGAGGCCCCGCCGGCGAGCCAUGGGGUGGCCGCGGACCUGGGCUCCGCGUCCUCGCUCUCGUACCUCCGGUCGCCGCCGCAGCGCCGCAAGUUCCCCGCGGGGCCAGACACGCCCGCAUCCUCGUCGGCGGCGUCGAGCCGGUCCGGGGCCUCGUUCUGGUUCGGCCAGUCCUCCGAGUCGUCGUUGUACCCGGGCGCCAACGCGAGGUCGUCGGCGGCAUGGCGCCGCCGCUCCGGGCUGUCCUGGUGCAAGCACAGCCAGUCCGAGUGCGCCGCGCUGGCCCACCACGCACACGAGGCGCCGCCCGGGGCCGUGUCCGGGCCCGACAUGUGGCUCGCGCGCUCCGCCGUGUCACUAGCGGAGCACCGGCGCGCAGGCGUCCCCGCCGAAGACGACGUGCAAGGCCGCCGAGGCCACGGAGGCCGCGGAGGCCAGGGUCGCAGUGCGUCCAUCCUGUGCGUCGUGGAGGAGACGGGGCGCGACGCGGUGCGGGCUGGUGAUGACGCCGUCGAGGACAACGAAGCAGCGGCAGCCUCGCUGUCGGCCGCCCCUGUCCCGCGCCCGCCACUGCACGCGAGUCGCUGGCUCCACUACUCCCCGAAGGGACUCCUGCUUCGCCUGCGUCCGCGCCGAGGCAGCUAGCGAGGAAGCUCCGGCGGGGUCUCCGCGCCAGCCUCCGCGGCCUCCGCGGCCUCCGGCCCGCCCGCGCCCCACGAGCAGCCGCGGCCACCCGCACCCAGCAGGAGCUGCCGUCGCCCGG